GUUGCUUUGUGGAGAUGGAAAUUUGAUAUAUCAAGCUGGAAUAUUAAAAUUAUUAUGUCACAAAACGGUCUUUACUAUUUAUUUAUAACCAUUGGCAUCAUUAAAAACAGUAGCAGUGUGAGAGCGCCGUUUGAACCAAAACCUCAUUUUAUAGUAGGCGAUGUUGAUUUCCACUCUGAGGGCUCAGAAGUAUGAAGCGAAUUUCAUUUUUGUUGAUGUUACUUUUGAUUGCUACGGCCGGUGGUCAAUGUAUUCUUGAUGGAAUUGUGUUUGCACCGGGUGCGACGUUCAGCCGCGGCUGUCGCGAGCGAUGCACAUGUCUUGAGUAUGGUUUUUAUGGAUGUGUUUCCAUGUGUGUCAACGAAUAUGUAAAACCGUUGUCCUGCAGGUCACCAGUUCUGGUAGAGUUUCCGAAUCAAUGUUGUAAGGAAUGGCUGUGUGCGGGCGCUGUUGAAAACUUUUCAACUCCAAAACAUCCUGGUUCAAUUGAUGAGAAAUCAGAUCUUGGACAAGACCUAUCGAAGAAACAAUGACGUUCAUCACGAUACACGAAUAUCGUAUCGUUGAGUUUUAGAAAUAAGCAAACAUAGCUCAACAGAGUAGGCUUCCCUAUGAACUUUUGUAUGGAUUUGAGAAAAAGAACAGUACACUAAAUAGAAUUAGCAUUAACUAAUGUUAAAAUAUGUCUGUGCAAUGCAUGUAGAAAUAACUAGCUGUAGCCUAUAUUUAUAAAUCAAUACCGUAAUUAUUCUAACAUGAACAAACGCCCAUCAGAGCCACAUUUGGAACAAACGCCUCAGGGAGACACGAAUUUCGACUGAGACAUGAAUCCGGUCAAUCAGUCAGGGGUUUAUGUUCGACAUUUAAUUAUUUCUAUUAAAAUUACGCAAGGUUUAUAAUUACUUUAUUAUUCAUGAGCCGAAUUUUGGGUACCGUACGUACUGUAUUUAUUCGAAUAUAUGCCCCUGGCGUUUACUUUUGGGAAGGGUUUCUUGAGGGAGGCGUUUAUUUAUUUAUUUUGUGUGUCAUAUGGAUAUGUGUAUACCCUAAUAAAAGCCCUUCAAUUUAAAUGUAUAUGUGGAACUACAUCCACAAUUACCGUCAAAAUGUGUAUAUUGCGUGAUUAAUAAAGACGU